GGGGUUGUUGGUUGGAGAGUGCAGCAGAGCGCCGCGAAAGAUACUUUUUCGUGGCACCAGUCUACCGGCAAAACUCCCGGUGCGUGCACACGGGUCCUGUACGACUGUGUCCGUGUCCUAUGUGUGUGAAAUAUACUGCUCCUUUUGCUCUCUUGCGUGCCGACUGCACGUUGCAAGGGAAAAUUUAUAACACCCGCGGCUACGUUAUGAAUUCCUCAGCUCGUAAACAUCUUCUUGCAAGAGUUUCAAUUUUAUUCUGUGUCUUUCAAAGUGAAUAGUGCCGUGCUUCUUCUUUCUUCUUCUUCUUCUUCUUCUUCUGUGUAUGCUGCGUGUGCUACUCGGCACAGUGCGCGAUGAAAGCCGAGUAGAGGAGAAAAGUUUUUUGCUGUGCUUCGGUCCGCAGUGUGCCCAGUGUGCAGUGAGAUAAUUAGAAUUGAUAACCCAGUACAGAUGUGCUUUGUGAAAACAAAAGAAAUGCAUCGGAAUUGAAGACAACAAAAUCUGUGCGCUUUUCAUUCUGCACGCACACGAUGUCGGAAGUGAUGCAAAAUGUUUGUUAAUAGCGGAAAAAUAACAUCGGUCUUGGAUCGAGGAGUACAGCAGUUUCAGCCAGUAUCGACGGGCGUGUGGUUCCUUUCAUCCCUGUCCUUCGUCACACGGGCCAAUGAAUUAUUAAAUGGACACUGGAUGGACGACCAUCUUGCCACCGAGAAGAGCUUUACCUUUCCGCAGACGCUCGUUGCCACUAAAAAUCUGCUGGAAUUAGACCUCGAUUAUUUCGAACGGCGUGGAGCUGACGGAUGCGAGCCUGAAAUCACAAGCUCAGCGAGUAAAGAAGAAGACAGUCCGGCUGACACUCUUGAGCGGGUUAAGAUUAUUUUUCUUGGUGCCAACGGAGUGGGCAAGACCAGCAUCAUUCGCCAAUUUGUCUGGAACGAAUUCUCGGAGGAUUACAGGCCGACCGAGCGCCGCGAGACUUACUAUCCGAGCGUCGUGCUGGCCGAGCGCAUGUACGAGCUGAAAAUCUCAGAUCUGCCCACCAUACCGUAUUUCCCGGUCAGCUCGCAUCUGGAAUGGACCGAUUUCCGUUAUUAUGGACUGCGCAGCGCCACGGCUUACGUUCUCGUUUACGAUCUCAGCAAUCAAGAAACCUUUCAGUACAUAAAAACAUUGAGGGAUCAGAUCUUCGAGUCGCGGGACAUGCGCAACGUGCCGCUCCUCGUGGUAGGUAACAAACAGGACAAAUUACCCACGAGCUCGACGACCGGAGGCUCGUCGAGUGGCGGCGGCGGAGGUAGCACGUCCACCGGAACGAACGCUCGACAUCGAGAUAUUGUCAACCUCGUGCGCAAACACUGGCGAUGCGGCUACGUCGAGUGCAGCGCUCGAUUCAACUAUCGAGUCGUGCAGGUAUUUCGAGAACUGAUGAAGAGCAUCCAGCUGCUGGAGGGCAAGCCAGCCGCGUCGCCGACCCCGACGCAGUCGCAGAGCUUGAUAAUGCAGCAGGCGGCCAGUAGCAGCGCUGGCACCGGCGGCGGCAAAGGCAGCAGCGGCGGCUUCGACGACGCCGAGGCCUCGGGCAGCGACAACAAGUGCAUUCUUCUCUGACAUUAGAUGAGCCAGUCGGGGCCUGGCAGACUCUCAUUAUCACGCAUCCGCCAUCGUCGUCUAACUCUCACCUCGAGAGAGACCUCUUCCAGUCUCUCGCGCGUACCGCUAUAAUCCCCUUUUUCAAGCCCGAGAGGUCCUCUCUCUCUCCAGCUCGGGCACGAGAUGUUUCUUUUUCUUCUAUACGUAUAAAAACCUCCCUGAUCGAUUACGGUUGUGCGCGAGGAAUAUAUCGUAUACCUAUGUAGAGAGAAAAAAAAAGGAAGAAGAAGGGGAGAAAAAGUCGCGUGCAUAUAUAUACACGUAUACGUAUAUAGAGAUAUACAUAUAGUUCGUAAGCGCGGUUACUCCGGAGAAAAAUAAGGAAAAAAGAUAUAUUGCAGCGCAAGGGAGGAAGCAUGAGUCAAGAUACUCUAUACACGUACUCUAUCCCCCGUAUACAGUGGGAGAGCAUAAAGUUCUCUUACACGAUGCUUUUUCAUUUUAUUUCUACGUUUUUUUCUCUACUUUCUAUCCUUUUUUUCUCUCUCUCUCUCGCUCUUUCUGUCUCUCACUCUUGCGCGUGCGUCUAUUAUACACUUCACAUCUAGCCUUUUAUAUAUAUACAUGACAACAAGACGCUGCCAAGAGAAGUCAAAGGAGAGACUCCUCUAUAUUAUACUUCAUCCUUUUCGUCGAGCGCGCGCGUGCGUGUAAUCCUGCACACUCCCUAUUAAAAUAAAAAAAAAACAUAAUGAUAAAUAUAAAGAGACUUGCGAUCCCCCGAAAGAAAUUUCGUAAAAAAAAAACAGAUUCGGCGAUCGAGUUUUACGCACACGUAUUUAUAUUAUUAAUAAACGAUAUACGAAUGAUAAGUAGAUUUUAAAGCAUGUUACGAAAAAAAAUGGUUGAAGAGUAUUUCUCGUUUUGUUGAUUGUUAUUGCGCAUUCAUAGAGUUAUACGGAUAUUAUAUAAAUAUAUACCAAGUUGCGAUGCAUACACAAGACGAUAAACGAUGGAAAAUUCGUAUACAAUUGUGUAAAGUGAACAUUUAUUUGCAUUGUAUACAAUCGCGUAAGGUAGCUGAUAAAGGAUUAAUGUAUUGUUUCCCAAAAUAAUUAAUGCGAGUGGACAAGAUUCAAAAGCCAACGUUUAAUACGAUAACACAUGAGGUAAAGAGAUAAAAUAAUGCUUACCUUGUUCAUAAUUAUUCAAAAGAAUCGUAUUAAGUGCACAUGAAAAACCUCGGUUAUAUUUUUAUCCAGCCACAAAAUAGUUGAUAUUUUUUUAAUGAGCUGCGAUUUUGUGUUUUCUCAUUCAGAUGGAUUUUAUUCGAACUAAUUUGUCGUUUCGAUCCGCUGGAACUUGAUAAUGUAUCGUAGUCAGUAAGAAAAUUUUUGAAAGACAAUGUGAAUAAGAAAUAUAUGUACAAUUAACUAUAUACGGCCUAAUGAUAGCAAUGCGUGCCAUUAGUAAAUACGACAAGAGAAAAAAAAUUUUAAUUAAAUAAUUGAUGAAAAUAAAAAUUGUGUUUUCGGCGUGCGACGGUGGCUCAAGCAAUACUAAUAAUUAUAUUAGCGAGGUUUAAUGUAUACAUGAAAAAUUGCGCGCGCAUGGUAAUGUAUAUUUUAUCAUUGUGAAAGAAAAAACAAACGUUUCCAGAGGAUCUCGUGUUGCACACGUGUGUAUCUGGGCAAGAAAAAAAAGGAGCCUACAUCACUUGUGCCGUAUGACGAUCGACUUGAACCGACUUCGUUUCACCUUUUUUCCAUGUAUAUGACGAAGAAAACUGAGAGAGAAAAAAGUUGUAAAAAAAACAUUGAGUCUCUUUUCACGGGUGUCGCGCACGCAUGUAACCGGGAUGCGUCGCAGAAUAUCGUUAGAAAAUGUAUAAAAAUACGACGACUACGAAUAACUUCUGUAACUAUAUAGAUAACGAUUGAUUUAUUAUGUAUUAGAACAACCAAAAAAACAAAACCAAAAAAAAAAAAAAAACAAGAAAAGCCGUAAUCCUCCAUUGUAUCCGAAAACUACCAUACUGACGUCAAUUUGUAUGCUUUGAAUGAUUAUUAAAGCGUUCAUCGACAUCGCUUACACGUUUGAUCGAUUACAUCGCCAAAACGUGUGACGAUAUUCUGCGCACAUAAGUUUAGUUAUAAAUAGACGAAAAAAACAAAUAAUAAAGAUGUUGUAUAAAAGUUUAUUCAAA